AUGGCGACUGCCAAACAUCAAAAUAAAACCCCAACUACUGUUGUUUUUGACAAAAUUAAAAAAAAGAUUGAAGAAACAUACAAUCUUGAUGAACUGGCAAAAGAUGGUCCACUUGAUAAAGAAAUUCAGAAUGCUAAAUUAAAUGAUAAACAAAAGGAUCAAUUACAAAAA